UUCAUUCUUAUGUCUCUUUUCCAGGUUGCUGAAACUGGACACAACGGAGACCAUGCAGAGCAUUAAGUGUGUGGUAGUCGGAGACGGAGCUGUGGGGAAAACUUGUCUUCUCAUCUGUUACACCACCAAUGCUUUCCCCAAGGAGUACAUCCCCACCGUGUUUGACAACUACAGUGCCCAAUGUACAGUGGAUGGAAAAACCGUGAGCCUGAACUUGUGGGACACAGCUGGCCAAGAAGAGUACGACCGACUAAGGACAUUGUCUUACCCCCAGACCAACGUCUUCAUCAUCUGCUUCUCCAUCGCCAGUCCUCCAUCUUACGAGAACAUCAAGCACAAGUGGUAUCCUGAAGUGGGCCACCAUUGUCCCAACGUUCCCAUCCUCCUGGUGGGCACCAAGAAGGAUCUAAGAGCCAACCCGGAUGUCAUCAAAAAGCUAAAAGAGCAGAACCAGCUACCGAUCUCCCACCAACAAGGGGUCAGCCUGUCCCGGCAAAUUCACGGUGAAGUACAUGGAGUGCUCAGCCCUGAACCAAGAUGGCAUCAAAGAGGUUUUCGCAGAGUCAGUAAAGGCCGUUCUCAACCCAAAUCCAGUAAAAAAGAAGAGUCCAUGCUUCUUACUGUGAAAAGAAAUGCCUCCAAGGUGAUGAUCUGGUCAGUGGGACCUCCUUGUGUUGAUCUCAGUUUAUGUGACUUUGUCCUGAAGAACCACAACCUACGUAGACCUCAAGGACCGAAAUGACAGACUCUUCUAUGUGUUCCUUUAUGUAAAAUGUUCAUUAGACCCAAGAAACCCCCAGAUGGAGAUGAAUAUUUCAGACAGCACCAAACGGUUUUGUCUGUUCCGGUGUUGGGCACGAAAUUUCGCACCUCAUAACAUUCAUGGAAUAUAAGAAGAUGUCUCGUGUUUUGUGUGACACCACCUGAGAUUGCUGAGGUUAUACAAAGUACAGAACUACGCAAAUUCUUCUUACAUUCUGAGAAAUUUUUAUCGCAAUACCGCAUUUUUACAAUUUAUUUUUGAAAAUGUUAUCGUGUUUUCUUUUUAGUUAUAAUUUUUUGCUUCUUGAAGAAAAACCAGCAGCCAUAUUACUAUAUGUGAAGCUUGAAGACUUGGAAGAACUUUGCUUGACGCUAUUUGCAUCUAAACUGGUCAUAUAUUGAAACUCCAAUGCGGAAAAAAAAAAAACAUGAAAAACUGCUUGCAGUUUAGGGGUCCCUAUGGCGCUCUAACAGUCAAGGCUCAUGAGGAAGAAUUUUAACAUCAGAAUGGCCACCACCUGUGUAGAGCAUUCCAUAAGUGGUCAGAUCUGAAGGGGACAAUUUAUGAGCUUCUCUUCUGAUUCCGUAGCUCCAGGUAUAACACACACAGAAUUGUGCACCCUUGGUAUCUCCCAAUCAUGGCUCCUCCGAUUUCCUCCCCAGUCUGGGAAGUUUAGAAGGCACAAAAAGGACUUUCUUCUGCUUUUUAUGUUAUAUUACGCUCCACAAAACAUUGGGAUCCAGAAAGCAAUGUCUGGUGGAUGCUGAAGAUAGAGAAUUUCAUGGAAAAGCAACGUCUGGUGGGUGCUGAAGAUAGAGAAUUUCAUGGAACAGCAACGUCUGGUGGCUGCUGAAGAUAGAGAAUUUCAUGGAAAAGCAAUGUCUGGUGGCUGCUGAAGAUAGAGAAUUUCAUGGAAAAGCAACGUCUGGUGGAUUCUGAAGAUAGAGAAAUUCAUGGAACAGCAACGUCUGGUGGAUGCUGAAGAUAGAGAAUUUCAUGGAAAAGCAACGUCUGGUGGAUGCUGAAGAUAGAGAAUUUCAUGGAA